AUGGUGAGGACCCAUGCUGCGUGCAGUGCUCUCUGUGUGCGUGCUCCCCAUCUCCACGCGUAUGCUCCCCAUCUCCACGCGUAUGCUCCCCAUCUCCACGCGUAUGCUCCCCAUCUCCACGCGUAUGCUCCCCAUCUCCACGCGUAUGCUCCCCAUCUCCACGCGUAUGCUCCCCAUCUCCACGCGUAUGCUCCCCAUCUCCACGCGUAUGCUCCCCAUCUCCACGCGUAUGCUCCCCAUCUCCACGCGUAUGCUCCCCGUCUUUUUUUUACCAUACCGCAGAUCAUCUUCCUCGCAACCUUCCUGCUGCUCCUCUCCUUCUGGAUCGACCUGUGCCACCAGGCCUCGGACAGCACAGACAAGGACGAGGAGGAGGAGUUUCGAGGCACCUACGAAGUUGCCUUCUCACUUGCGGUUUCCAUGCUCCCACCACCACUUUACCUUGCUGCUUGCCACAGGAUCGACCUGUGCCACCAGGCCUCGGACACCACAGACGAGGAGGAGGAGGAGGAUGACGAGGAGGAGGAGCGAGACGUGGAAGCAGCAGGGAGCAGCAGGGUUGUGAGCAAUGGUGCUUAUGCGUUCAGUGCCAGCAGCACCAGCGGCACCCCUCCCUCCUCCCACUCCGCCCAUUCCCUUGCUACUGCAGCCAGGCAUGCCCAGGCACAGGGUGGGCGAGGAAUAUCAGUGGGGAAGGGAGGGGAGGGCCACGGCGCGUCCCUGCCUUCCCACGCCACCCAUAACCACGGCGCGUCCCUGCAGCAACCGCUGCUGGAUGCUGCUGCAGGGGUGAUGGGUGGCGUGGGGAGGCAGGGCGCAGGGGGAGGAGGAGGUGGGGGAGGAGGGGGAGGGAGAGGGGGAUUAGGAGGAGGAGGAGGAGGAGGGGGGAGAGGAGGGGUAGGGAGCAGUGCGGCGAGUGAUGGGGCGAGGACUCCUCGGUUCCGCUGGCAGAAGCUGAGAGUGAAGGGCAGGCAGCGCAUCGUCGUAGCUGUGGUAUCGUUCAUAUCGCUGCUGACAGCGGUGUUCGCCUUCCUCAUCUGGUACGGCUUCGGAGACAACCCCAUCGACCCCACUCUCAUGGCUCAAAUGCAUGCGGACUUCUUUGCAGUCGCAACGCUGCUAUCAGGCGGAGGCCUCGCUUUCUACGGGCUGCUGCUCUUUUCCAAGAUGUCUGUUCUUAGGGCGGGACCCAGCGCCGCUGACCUCAGCAAGAUUGCAUGGCUGGCAGGCAUGUGUCUGCUCUGCUUCUCCCUCCGCGCAUUCAUUGUCCUCGCCAAAUACAUCCCGCCCAUAAUGAGUCUCUCCUUUCGGGACAAGCACGGCAACCUGCUGCCCUUCUGGUUCCUCGUCUACCAUUGCAUAGGCGAGGCAGUCUCCUCAGCCAUGGUCCUCUUUAUUCUCAACGGACUGCCUCCCAAGUCCCGCCUCCCCUCGUCGUCCAUCUUCUCUUCUCUCACCCCAGGCCGUCUCGCCUCGCCCCUCGACCCAGCGGCAGCAGCAGCUGCCUUUCUACUCCCCUCUGCUCCCGCCGCUGCCGCUGACACUGCUGCUUGUAGUGGUAGUGGUGGUGGGGGUGGUGGUGGGGGUGGUGUGGGUGGUGGUAGUGGUAACAGUGGUGGUAGGGUGGCUGGUGUAGCAGGCUCCAGGCCUGGGGGGCACGUAGGUAGCAGCAACAGCAGCACCACCAUUGCCCGUCACCCCGCUCCUCAACUCGCCCCUCUUCUCCCCCAGUGGGUCGUUCCCCCUGAGGGGGAACCCUACUCCGUCCUCCCCCCCGCUGCUGCUGCUGCUGCCUCUUCCUUUGCCGCUCUGGCCGCUGCUGCUGCUGUGGCUGCAGCAGCAGAAGCAGCGGCAGCGGCAGCAGAGGCGGAGGAGCAAGGGAGGAGGAAAGGGAGUGGGAAGGGGCGCGGGAGAGGGAAGGGGGGAGCUGGGAGAGCAGGAGGAGGGGGGGCGGAGAGAGGGGGGAAGGGGGGAGGCAGGGGAAGGGCGAGGGGGGAAGUGGGUACAGAGGGUAAUGGAAGAGGGCUAGAGAAUGCAGAUACAGGGGUAACACUGGCUGGCGCGAGUGGAGUAGGGGGAGGGGCGGUUGGAGGAAGGGGAGAGGGGUCUCAAGUGGGAGAAGGACGAGGACAAGGGAGAGGAGAAGGAAGAGGAGCGGGAGGAACAGGGGAUGGCACCGAGGGUGCAGCUCGUGACAAAAGCAGCAAGACAAAGAAACCGUCUAGGCUGCUCGUCAUUCUUACCCAACUGCUUGCUAACCACGCAACCCCCAACUGCUCUUGCCGCAAUCUUCCUAUCUUUACUCUUUUCACUCUCCUUUCCUCCACCCUCCCUGUUCCCCAACCACCCAUCCCCACUCUUUGUUACUUCUCCCUCACCCAUCCCCCUUACUCCCUGUUAUUCCCUCCCUCCUCUUGUUACGCCCCCUAA